GCGGACACAUACAGAGCAACGGAAGGAACAUUUUGCCCGUACCACUGGAUAGCAAAGCAUGACAGUCGACACCUCGUCCGAAUCACAAUCCCCCGAUCGAAAACUCCAGGAGGAUAGCGUCUCGACCUGGGAUCAUGACCCGCGCAACCCCUACAACUGGCCGACGUGGAGGAAAUGGCUUACCAUGUGCAUUUCCUAUUGGGUGACGAUUCUGGUCGGGAUCAAUGCGACUUCGUUCACGACGCCCGCAGAAACCCUGUCUGCGGAAUUCAAUGUCGACAAUAGCUUUUUCGAAUUUAGCUUCUUUGCCGUGACUUCGUGGAAUUUCACUGCGGCGGUUGUUCCGCUGGCGACGUUGCCGAUGAUGGAGACUUUUGGGUUUCGGGUAGGGUAUACUGGGGCGUUUAUCCUGUUCUUCAUCUUCAUCAUCCCGCAGUGCGUGGCACAAAACUACGCGACGCUUGUGGUCACCCGUGUCUUUGCGGGUGCUUUUGGCGGCACUGUCCAGAAUGCUGCUGAUGGUAUUGCCGCGAAUAUCUUCUUCACGGCACAAGAGCGGAUCUUGCCAUUGACGCUCUAUGCGUUUACAUUGAUGCUUGGGGUCACCAUUGGUCCUAUACUGGGCGCUCUAGUGGAACCGCUCGAUUGGCGAUGGGUAUUCUGGAUUCAAUUGAUCAUCAACGGAGUUACAAUUCCCAUUGUCCUUUUCGGCUUGAAAGAAACCCGGGGCCCAGUCAUCCGGUCCAAGAUCAUGCCAGAUGAAAAAGCAGAUAGCGACGAGCCUGGCGCUUUAGCCACCCUGAAGGAGACUGUUGUUCGAGCAGCAUUGCUGCUGACCACUGAACCAACCGUCACUUCAUUCACCAUGUGGUCUGCUUUCUCCUUCGGUCUGGUCUUCAUCUCAACUCAAUCGGUCCCCGUCGUCUACGCAGGCGUAUACGACUGGCCGAUCUACAGCGGCGGACUCGUGCAAGUUGCCAUCGCAAUUGGCGAAACCAUCGGGACCAUCGCCUUCCUGUUCCAAAACCAAAUCUACAUCCGCAGCGCACCCCACAACCCCGAAAAACCCGGUGUUCCCAUCCCAGAAAGUAUCCUCCACAUUUCGAUUCCCAGCACAGCCAUCGGCCUCUCAGGCGGCCUGUUCAUGUACGGCUGGAGCACUCUCGGUUCCCACUGGAUAGUUCCCACAAUCGGCCUCACACUAAUCGGAUACGGAAUCAUGACCAUCGUCAUCUCGGCCAGCGUCUACGUCACGGACUCAUAUGCCGGCUAUGCAGCUAGUGCGAUUGCCGCCGUGGCUUUUGGUGAGAAUACGUUUGCUGCAUUUUUACCGCUUGCUGCGAAACCAAUGUAUAUCCGGUUGGGGUACCAGUGGGCUAGUUCGUUGUUGGCGUUUGUCGCGUUGGCGCUGGCUUUGGCGCCGACGGUGCUGUUGUGGAAGGGGAGGAUGAUUCGAAGUAAGAGCAAGGCGAUUCAGAGGAUGUCACUUUGAUAGCAUAUAUGUUGUCUUCUGGUGUACAUACUAUCGUACAUUGUGAUUUAGACUCGCACAUAGAGUGUGUCUAUCUAAUUUCGCG